GUAUCUGCUUGCAGAGCUGCAAAAGCCCCCACCGCCUCGCCGGCCACAUUUAAUUUCGCACGAUUUCAACACUAGCAACUCUUCGCACCUCAAUACUCAUACUGUCCUCGACGCCGCUGGUUCUUCCAUCCCGGGCUGUGGCGACCCUCGAAGCUUCUUUCGUCGUCAUCGUCGUCUUCUUCCAUCUUGGUCAUCGUUCUUGAUUCCAACAUCCCGCCAUCCCUUUAUAUCCUCCCUCCUCAUCCCCUCGAGCCACACCGACGACCUCAUCAACAUCUCUAAUUCCUAAUCGCGACAAUGGGCAGCUACACUUUCAAGUGGGAGCAUCCCGCCGAAGAAGUGUUCGUCACGGGCACCUUUGACAACUGGACGAAGAGCGAGCAGUUGGUCAAGGAGGGUGACGUCUUCCAGAAGACGGUGGCCCUGAAAGAUGCAUCGCAGAAAAUAUACUUCAAGUACGUCGUCGACGGAAACUGGACGGUAAACGAGUCUUCUCCCAAGGAGGCCGAUCACGAAGGCAACGUCAACAACUUUAUUACUCCUGAGGACAUUCUCAAGUCCGACCCCGCAGCUGCCUUCAUCAGCACCGUUACUCCCCAGUCCACUACCGCUAAAAUGGCGAGUGAGCAACCCGUUGAGAAGCCCGAGGGUAUCGCUACCCCUUCUGACGUUCCCGGCGGCUUCCCGGCGACCCCCCAGACCGAGUUGGACAAGACCAUCAGCGUCAAUCCUCUUCCCGCUGCUGCUGGUGCCAUCAACCCCAUCCAGCUCGCGCCUGGCGAGGAGGUUCCCAAUGUUGGCAUUGAGAGCACCAAUGAGCACGUCAAGCUCGACAAGGAGUCUUAUGAGAAGAGCGACGCCCUUCCCGGCAUCGUCGCCGCCGACCUGCCUCCUGUCACCAGCAAUCUGAUUCCCGAAUCCAGCCUUCCCGUGACUGCUGCCUCCGAGGACGUCCACAUCAACACCGUUGGUGCUGGCGCCACUACCGUUGGCCUAGCUGCUCAAGUUCCCCUUGAGGCCAAGGUUCCCGAAGUCGUCAAGGAGAGCCAGGAGAAGGCCAAUGCCGAGCCUGAAGCCGCCGCCAUCCCCGCAGAAGUCGAGGCCAAGGCCAAGGUUGAGGAGGAGCUCAAGGAGAAGGUCCCUGAAGCUCCCGUCACCUCUGAGGACAAGCCUGUCCUCGACACCGGUGCCAUUGCUGCUGCCGCCGCCACCACUGGCGCCGCUGUUGUGGCCGCUGUCAUUGCCGCCAAGGACAGCCUUGUCGAGACCGCCGCACCCGCCGCCAACGACGCUGUUGAUGCUGCUGUUGAUGCCGCCAACAAGAACCUCCCCGACUCCGUCAAGGAGCAGCUGCCCGAGCCCGUGAAGGAGACACUGGCACAGCAUGAGACCGCCGCCAAGGAGGAGACCCGAGAGGAGGUUUCUCCCGAAGUCCCCGCUGAGGUCAAGGAGUCCAUCACUGAGGCCGGCAAGAGCCCCGAGGCUGCCGCCAACACUGUCGCCGUCGAGGAGAAGAAGGAGGUCGAGGCCGAGCUGCUGAAAGAAGUCAAGCCGGUCGCGGCUAUCGAUGAGCCCAAGGUUGAGGAGACCAAGGCCCCGGUUGAGGUGCCCGUCACCUCUGCUACCAUUACCGAUGUGGCAGCCAUUGACAGCCCAGUGACCGAGGUCAGCAAUGUCCAGGUGACCAAGACUGAGGUCCCCGUCGAGGAGCUCACAAAGGACGCUCCUGCAACCGAGGAGCCCAAGGCUGUUGAGGUCGCCAAGGUCGAAGAGCCCAAGACUGAGGUGGCCGCCCCGGCUCCCAUUGACACGACAGUUGCCUCGGAAGCUCCCAAGGCCGACACCGCCGUCGAUACCCCCGUCACCGAGACUGACAAGACAGAGGUGCCUCCCGUCGACGCGGCCACUGAGGAGCCCGCCAAGGGCGAUGCUGCCAACGGCACCAACGGCGCCCAUAGCGAUAAGACGUCUGAGAAGAAAAAGAAUCGUAUCAGCGCCUUCUUCAGCCGGUUCAGCAGGCACAAGUCCUCGGACAAGAACUAGGAGUCAUAGUGGCGACAGGACAGAGCAUCAUCAAUGUUGAGAUGCCUGGUUUACGUUUUACAGUGUCGGUUUUCUUGGGCUGCUGGAGUGGCUUUGUUUAUAUGUCUAUGAUUCCCCACUUUGGCAGAGAAGUGUGACUUGGGUCGAAUAACGUCGGAUACCUGGAUCACUAUUUCAUAUACCUAAAUUCAUUCCGUUUUUAUUUUCUUUGCAGCCUUGUUCGCUCUCUCUUCCCCUUUAGUCUUGUCAUGUGCUAUUUGGCUUCUUCAAUUGGUGCCUGCUUAUGCGUUCUAAGAGAGAGGACGAGCCUGGGGAGUCUCUUAAUUUGUUUUAUUUCCUAUGUAGCAUGGAACGGCACCCCCUCCCAUGUAAAUACAUUUUUGCCUAAUUAAUGUCUAUCAUUAUAUUUUAUAUUUGACUACUCUUUCGCUC